AUGAAGCCAAAAAAAUAAACUAGGAAAGAUAGUUUUUAAAGUAGUGAUGGAGGCUUUUCUGAUGGAUCUUCAAAGCAAUUUAGUGUUAAUAAGAAAAAAGGGGAAGCAGAAAAUUCAUAGCAAUUAAAUAAGAGCGAAGAAUUGGAUCCUUAAGAAGCUUAAUUGCGAGAUAUAAACUUCUUUAAUGAAAAUCUACCUCCCUCAUAACCAAUUGUUGUAAAGGAUUACUCAUUAGAAGCAGAUAUGAUAUUUGGAUGGUAGCCAAAAAUAUAGUUUUAAGGGCCAGUGCCUAUGACUUUUGAUAAUAACAUUGUAGAUAUUAUUAUAUCUCAUCUAAAUAGUCCUACCUAAAAUAAAACUCCAUAUAAAUUAAUUUAUUUAGGAUUUCGCCCUUUAAAUACUUUGAAAUUACAUUCUGCUUAUUGUGAUAAUAAUAGAGAAGAUUCAUAUUAUUUUAAAUUCAACAGUCUUUAUGGUAAUUCUCGAAUGAAUGGCUUCUUUCACUCUUUAGAAAAAAAGAAUAAAAAUAAAUUUGAAAUGCCAUUUUUGGGAAUGAACCCAAAUCUUUCAAAUAAUAAUUAAAGUAUAAUUAAAAUAAAUGACUAAAAUGAUGAAACAAACUAAAGUACUUCAGAAAUGUUUAGUUUAACAUAAGGAAUUUAAAUAAAUUUGAAAACACCCUAAAGUAAUUUUAAUAAAAAUGAUAAAUAGUUCAGCCUUUUUUUAACUGAAGAAAACAGAGAAAAUAAUAAAACUUUGAUUUUUGAUUCAUAUUUUGAAAGUGGCAAUCUUGACUGUGUUGUGCAAGUUGCUUAGAAUGAAUAUGAUUUAUUUAUGAGAGUUGAUUCAAAUACUAAAGGGCAUCUUUAGUGGUAUAACUUUAAAGUGAAAGGUGCUUAAGCAAAUUAAAGAGUGAAAUUUAAUAUUUGUAAUUUCAGUAAAAACAAAUCUCUUUAUAUGAGAGGAAUGAAGCCAUAUAUUUACUCACAAAAAGAAAACCUGCUUUUUAAAUCUGAUUGGUCACAACAAGGAGAGAAAGUAACUUAUUAGCUUAAAGAAUUUAGAUAUCCAUUCAUAAAAGAAUAUAUAGAUGAACUUAAGCCUAAAGUUUAUUACCAGCUCUCAUUUGAGUAUGUCUUUAAAUAUUCAGAUGAUGUUGUAAGUAUCGCGUACUGUCCCCCAUAUACAUUUUCUUACUUAACUAUGUUUUUGAGGGAGUUAUCAACAAUACAUAAGCUUUAAAAUGGUAAUUUCCUUAAAGAAGAAAAAUUAAGCUCUUCAAUGAGUGGUUUGGAUGUUCCUCUAUUAACUAUUACAGAUUUUAACUAAAGUGAGGAGGAAAUAAAUAAAAGAAAAGUCAUCAUUAUAUCUGCUAGGAUUCAUCCAGGAGAGUCAAAUGGAUCCUACCUGAUGCAUGGUUUUCUCAAGUACAUGUUUACUGAGGAGGCAAAUGAAUUAAGAAAAAAAUGCAUAUUUAAGAUUGUACCGAUGCUUAAUCCUGAUGGUGUUGUUCUUGGUAACUAUAGAACUGGUAUAGCAGGUAGAGAUUUGAAUAGAGUAUUUGCAAAUCCAGACAAAAUGCUUUAUCCAACUGUCAUCGGGCUGAAAGAAUUAGUUUCAAUUACGAAAAAAUAGUAUGGAUAAAACUUGAUCAUGUUUUUAGAUUUACACGGUCACUCUGUUAAGAAAAAUGUAUUCACAUAUGGUCCAGAUUAUCCAAUAUUUGAUUUAAAUUACUACAAAUGCAGAUUAUUCAGUAAAAUACUAGCAAAAAUGACAGAUAUGUUUAGAUAUUUUUCUUGCAUUUUUCGUAUUUCUCAAAUGAAAAAAAACACAGCAAGAGGAAUUUUUUUUAAUAAUUACGAUAUUGGAAAUUGUUUCACUGUUGAAGCUUCUAAUGGAAGCUACUACAUAGGUAAUCAAACUACUAUUGAUUUUACAAUAAAUGACUGGCUUAGUAUGGGAGAGUAAAUAGCUAAAGGAAUAGACGAGUAUGUUCAAACAAUCAUUGAUUAUGACUAAACAUAAUAAGCAAAGCUCCAAUAAAAAAAGUUAGAACGUGAAUAAAAAGCAUUGGAUGAAUAAUCAUUUUUAACUUCAACUUAAGCUACUACAGCUGGAAGUAGAAGUGAUAAUUCUGGUUUUAUAACUUAAAGAGCUUUAAUCUAAAAAUCAAUUGUAGAAGAAGUCACUCCUGCUAGCUUGAUUAAAAUAAGGAACGAUAGGCUUUCUUAAAAAUUUUAAAGCGAUUCUGAAAAUGAAGGAAUUUUAUCUUACUUAAGCAAAACAAAUGGUAAACCAGAUAAAAAAAAGAAGGCCCAGUACUAUCAUAAAAAUAAAAUGAAUUUUAAAAUAUAAAAAAUAAAUUAAAAAAGUAUUAACUUUAACAAGCAGUUUCUACUUGAAGAAUCUCCUUUCUCUAAAUAUUUCUCUAAAAAUGCAGAGGAAUAAGAAAAGCAAAAGUAAAAUGAUGCAGAAUCAGAUGGAUUUUCAGAAGGUGGUUCUGAUAGUGAGUCAGAAGGAGAAGAUUAUGAUAAAGCUUUCUUAAAAAAUUUUUAAGCCACUGUUCAGAGAGACUUUUAGCUAUUUAACAACAUCUUUAAAAACUUAGAAAAUUUUGAUGUCAAAACAGAAUAAACAUUAAUUAAAAGAAAUAAUCCAGAUAAACUUAAAGAAGAAUAUUUAAAUGAUAAAAUAAGUUCUCAACUCAUUUAAAAAAAGAAUGAGUUAGGGAUAAAUAAAUUUAUUAACGAUAACAGUAUUAGAUAGUCAUAUAAUAACCAAUCAGCCUUAACACCAACUCAUUUUAAAGCACCUGUUAUUAGACCCAAAACGAAUGAUAAGUCUUUGAAAAUAGAAUAUAAAUCAGUCCCAUCUUCUUAACGAAAUACACCUUAGAAAAAAUAGUAAAUUGUAGGUAACUCAUAAAUUGGGUUAGAUAUAUUCAAAGAUAGAAAUAAUUCUAAGAAAAAAUAAUCUAGGAUCUAGCUUAAGGAUAAUAGUAAUUUACUCAGUAGCUAAAUAGCAUUUUUGAAUUCAAGCGAAUAAAAAAAAAUGAUAAAAGACCAUAUUAACUAUGAUAAAUACGAUGAUUUAUACAGCUAAGAAUUCACUUAAAUUGAAUAAGCUUAAUAUCUUAAUCCUAUCAGUUCUAGAACUGGAAGAUAUAAUAGUGCAACUCCGUUCAAGGAUGAUAAUUUAAAUAUAAUUAAUCUAUUUCACAGAGUAAAUAAUACACCUUUAGUUUAAACUACUGAUAACUAAAGUUUAAUGAGAAUUAUUAACAAGUUGAAAGAUGUAGAAAAAUAAGGAAAUGAAUUAGAGGAAAUUCAAGGAAAGAGAGUACUUGUUUUAACUAAUAAUAGCUACUUUAAUAGCCUAAAUGAUAAUAAUAAUAUUAGCAGUUAAAAAUUGCCUUAAAAUGUUAAUUAAUCAUUUAAUUAGAUUAGAACAAACUCUUUAGCCACUAACCGAGCAGUGAUAGAUUCUAGCUAAUUAAAUAAUAAGAAAUAAGCAUUUAGUAUUUAAAAUUAGCAAAUUCCUUCAUAAGUACAUCUUAAGAGCAUUUUAAAUACCACUUUAUUUAGUAAUUUAGCAUAGAUAAAAGAAAAAAUUUAAACUUAAAUAAUUCCUCCAAUAAGUUUUUAUCAGUAAAAUGCUAAUAUAAACUAAGGAUAAUCACCUAAACGACAUCUUUCAUAAUCUUAUUAGCAAUUUAUAUAGCAAUAGCAAGCUAAGUUAGAUGAGUGUUCUCCAACUAAACCUCUUUAAAAUUAAUAAGCUGAUUCAUAUUAUAUUACAAGUAAUGGCUUUGGAUUCAAAGAAAAUAAAGAUGAAUAAAUCUAACUUAUGACAGGUCUAAGCAAAAAAAGAGAAAUUUAAAGUCAUACUAACAAUAAUAAUAAUAAUUAAAAUGGCCAUUUAUAUAACACAUUUCACAAUAAAUUUAAUUCUGCAAAUAAUUCCCCGAUUUAAUCUCUUUCUCCAGUUAAAAAUUCUUAUAAUUCUGCUAAUUACAGUUUUUCUAGAAGAGUAAGUUAUCAACCUCAUUAAACUACUAACUCAAACUAUUCAAACAACUAACUUAAUGUAGCCAAUCCUAAUUCCACUAAUAGUUUUAUUAACUUUUCACCAAGAGAAAGUUCUAACAAAAAGAUGAACUGUCCCUCUGCUUUCUACAAAAUUAAAAAACACUUUACUUCAAAGAAAAAGAAUGAAGAAUACUAAAAGUAAACCAAUGGUUACAACCCUAAUGUAUCUUAUUAACAACAGUACUAAGCAUAAAUUUGA